ACAGCUGCAUGAACUGUGCUUGCUUCAAGCCAGUAGAGUUUCAGCAGGAUAUUGUGAAAGGGUUAUGGAGAGUCGGGUUUUCAGCUUGUAUACCCUCCUCUACUGCUUUUACAGGCUUAUCUGAGAUCUGUAUACUAUCAUAGCAGACUGUCAGUGGGUGGAAGUAGCUGGGUGUCCUCCAGUAAGUGUACAUUAAUUACUUUCAAACUGAGACUACAGAAUAUGUGGGACAAACGACAAUGACAUCUAUUUAUUGUGUGUGUGUGUGUGUGUGUGUGUGUGUGUGUGUGUGUGUGCGCGCGCGCGUGCACGCUUUUAUGGCAAUUACAAGAUUUUAACUUUGACAUCCGAUCCCUGACACUUAAGAAAAACAUUCUUCUGCGUGGUCACCUGGUGUUAAGAAGAUUGUUGAUUUCAAAUAGCAAACAAGAAUCUUACAAGGUAUUCACAUGGUAUCAAGUAUACUCCGGAUUUGUGCAGAAAACAUAUAAAAAGUCUCUUUCAAAUUGUUUUCAAACUGAUUUUUUUAGCCUGAUAUUUAACAUUCUCCCAUCACUUUUUUUUUAAGACCGUAUGUUGUCGGUUGCCUUUUUGAUUUUCUUGACUGGGUAACACCCAGAGAAAUGUUUAUAAUGCAACUUAUCAUUGAAAGGGAGCAAAACUUGUUUUUAUAUGAAAACGGGUGGAAUUAGAACAAAUAAAUUCUAGGUAAUCAUAGGAUUUAGAUCAAAAUACGUUUUACAUGUAAACAUGUUUUCAUUGUGAGGUGUGAUUGUCUGAACAGCGCGGCUGCAAUGAAGACGACCUGGAACGCAACCUAAAUUGCCGGCGCAUGUGCAGUGAAUGCACUUCCUAUUCCGCUCAACGCGCUGCGUUUUCUUCUUUAACCAAGCUUAUUUUCAACGUAAAAAAAGUAACCGCGUGUUGGCUCAAGACAAUCCGACGUCAUGAGCUUGUUUGGGACCAGCACUGGGUUUGGCGCAGGGGGAUUCGGAGCGGCAACCACGGACACACACAACCCAAUGAAGGAUGUGGAAGUAACCUCACCCCCAGAUGACAGCAUCAGUUGCUUGGCGUUUAGUCCCCCUGCCAUGCCAGGGAACUUCUUGAUAGGGGGGUCCUGGGCCAAUGAUGUGAGGUGUUGGGAGGUACAGGACAAUGGGCAGACAGUCCCCAAAGCCCAGCAAAUGCACACAGGUCCAGUCCUUGAUGUCUGCUGGAGCGAAGAUGGAAGCAAGGUUUUCACUGCAUCUUGUGAUAAGACUGCCAAAAUGUGGGAUCUCAACAGCAACCAGGCAAUACAGAUCGCACAGCAUGAUGCUCCUAUCAGAACAGUCCACUGGAUCAAAGCCCCCAACUACAACUGCAUCAUGACAGGCAGCUGGGACAAAACUCUGAAGUUCUGGGACACCCGUUCGCCCAACCCAAUGAUGUCCCUGCAGCUGCCGGAGAGGUGCUACUGUGCAGACGUGGUGUAUCCCAUGGCAGUGGUAGCAUCGGCAGAGCGAGGUUUGAUUGUAUAUCAGCUUGAGAACCAGCCGUCCGAGUUCAGGAGGAUAGACUCACCACUCAAACACCAGCACCGCUGCAUAGCCAUCUUUAAGGACAAACAGAACAAGCCUGCUGGAUUUGCUCUUGGGAGCAUUGAAGGGCGGGUCGCCAUUCACUACAUCAACCCUCCUAACCCAGCCAAGGAUAACUUCACCUUCAAGUGCCACAGGUCGAAUGGAACCAACACAACCACACCACAAGACAUAUAUGCUGUGAAUGCCAUCUCCUUCCACCCUGUCCACGGUACACUGGCGACUGUUGGGUCUGACGGUCGCUUUAGCUUCUGGGAUAAAGACGCUCGCACCAAGCUGAAGACCUCGGAGCAGCUGGACCAGCCAAUCACAGCUUGCUCGUUCAACAACAACGGCAACAUCUUUGCCUACGCCUCUAGCUAUGACUGGUCAAAGGGGCAUGAGUACUACAACCCUCAGAAAAAGAACUACAUCUUCCUGCGUAAUGCUACUGAGGAGCUGAAACCUCGGAAUAAGAAAUGGUGA